AUGGGAGGAUGUCCAUCUAAAUGUGAAGUUAAAUGUGGAAAUGGGUUCAGAUAUGAAGGAAGCACUCUAGAAUUAAACUUUGAAUAACAACCAAAUAUUUUAAGAAAUAAAGAUCGAAAUAGAUCAGCUUCAAGUUCUCGUUAAGGAGAAUCAGCAACUUUACCAGCUACUAAUUUUAGACGAGAAUUAGAAUAUUCAGAUAACAUUUUAUAAACAUAAUCAGAUCCAAAAAAUGAAUUAAUUUCUAGUAAUAUUGAAGUGGAAUUGCUACCUAUUUUUGUAACUAAGAAAUAAAUUAAUGAAUCAACUGUUUCAAAUAGAUAAAAUAAAUUUAUGGAAGAUUUAGAAAUCGAAGUCAAAGCUAGAAUUCAAGAAAUGUAUUUAUCAUAAUAAAACCAAUUAGAAAACAACAAGAAUAAGAGGAAAUAUAAAGAUUAAUCAUUAAAGAAAUUGUUAAGUAACAAUUAGAAUUCGAAUAAUUCAAAUCAGAAUAAAUAUCUAACUCUUAAACUAAUUAAUAAUAAGAAAAUUCAUUUUAGUUUAAUUAAAAAUAAUAAUUAUCACCAAAAAAGAAUACAUCAAAAGAAUCUAAAGAUUCUUAAUUUGCAUCAUUUUAAUCUAGUUCAUUAUAAUUAUCUUCUGAAAAAUAAUCUAAUAUACAAUCUUCAAUUAAUAAAACAGAUCCACUAAAAUAUUCUACAAACAAUCCACAUCAGAUUAAAGCAUAUGAAAAAUUAAUAAGUAAUUAUUAUUUAGAAGAUACCAGUAAUUAUAGCAAACAUAAAGGCAUACUUAAAUAACGUAAUUAAAUUCAAUUUCCACAUACAUCUAAAAGUUUGCCUAAUAAAAGACUGGCUAAAUCCAAACUAUUUAAAAAGAAAAGAGUUCACUUCUCUUAAGAUACCAAUUUUAAUUUUGAAAAAAAAGGUGAAGAAAAGAAAUCUUCUAAAACAUGGUGGAAAUCUUUAUUUUGA